AUGGAUUCUUCCGACCAACGGCGGAAGAGAAAGCGUUCUCUAAAACCCACCCAUCAUUUCUUUUCACUAAGAUCUCUGCUUUAUUUCUUCUCCUUCUUCGCUUUCUUCUUUAUCCUUUUCCGGCGAAACACGCCGUCGUUUCACCAUCUAGUCGUGCUUCCCGGAUCAUCAACAUCAUCUUCAAUUCACCGACUAUUCUCCGGUGAGUUGACUCGGUUUAAGAUAGACGAUAGAGUUCUGUUCCCUGAUCAUAUUUUAAUAUUACUUUCCGGAAUCGGAAUUGGAAGUUGGAACCUUGUCGGAAAUGGUAAAGGAUUGGAAUGUAUUUACAGAAAUAAUUAUACAGAGGAGGAGGAGGAAAAGGGUGUGGCAGUGUUAUCGGUGGAUGAAUACAACGACAUCCAGUGGCUUGUUCGGUGUCCGCUUCGUCCGACGAAUUUCUCAUCCGUCGUCACUCUCCGAAGCCGGGGCGCGAUCACGGUCGCUGAUACGACGGUGGUAGCAAUGAAUUCUUGGGAGAAUUUAGCAUACGAGGCGGUGUUGGACGGGAACACGGCGGUGGUGUUCGUGAAAGGAAUCAGUCAUAGACAGGAUAAAGCAUCCGACCCGAAUCGAUUCCGAUGUCAUUUCGGGUUCGGGAAUCAGAAUUACAUUCUAGCCUCAAAAGCACUAACCGCCGCUCAGGAAGUCGUAAGGUGUGCGUUGCCUAAAUCCCUCGAAAUCCACCCGGAAAAAUCUCAGGGAAUUCGAGCCACCGUCAGUUUCCAACUCCCGAUGAGAAACCACCACCACCGAACAAUUUUUGUUCCAUCGGUCGCGAAAUUAUCAAGCUCGAAAUUCGAGAAAAACACUCCAAAACACGACCUUUGCGUCUGCACGAUGCUAUGGAACCAAGCCGAUUCAAUUCGCGAAUGGAUAACUUAUCAUUCAUGGCUCGGAGUUCAAAAAUGGUUUAUCUACGAUAACAACAGCGACGACGGGAUAGAAUCGGUGAUAAACAAGCUCGAUCUCGAGGGUUUCAACGUCAGCCGCCAUGUUUGGCCAUGGAUCAAAACUCAAGAAGCAGGAUUUUCCCACUGCGCAAUAAAAGCCAAAAACGAAUGUAAUUGGGUUUCCUUCAUGGACGUCGACGAGUUCUACUACUUCCCGAAUCUCCCCGGACAUGGCGCUUUAAGAACCCUAGUAUCAAACUACACUUCAUCGCCAUCAAUCGGAGAACUAAGAACGCGUUGCCAUAGCUUUGGGCCAUCGGGGUUACGUUCGCCGCCCAAGAACGGCGUAACGGUGGGGUACACUUGCAGAUUACAGAGGCCUGAACGGCAUAAGUCGAUUGUGAGACCGGAGGUGUUGGACACGACAUUGAUGAAUGUGGUGCACCAUUUCCAUUUAAGGGAAGGGUUUAGCUUUCUUGAUGUGGGUCAAAAUACAGCAGUGAUAAAUCAUUAUAAGUAUCAAGUUUGGGAGGUUUUUAGGGCGAAGUUUUAUCGGAGAGUUGCGACUUAUGUGGCUGAUUGGAAAGAUAGCCAGAAUGAAGGGUCGAGAGAUCGAGCCCCCGGUUUGGGGACUGAACCGAUUGAACCGGCGGAUUGGAGGUUGAGAUUUUGUGAGGUUUGGGAUACCGGUUUGAGGGAUGUUGUGUUGGCUAAUUUGGAUAAUGUUUUGUCUAGGGGUAGAUAUUUGGGGGGUAUAGAUAUAUAA